AGAUACCUGAUAAGCGGUCAGGCGAGGCAAUCUUGGAUAUGAGUCGACGGUGGACGAAGUCUGUAACGCGUGUAGGUUGGAGCCGGUCAAGGGUAAUCCGAUUUGUGAAUGAAUCGGACAAGCAGUACGAAAGUUUGGCUGUAUGCGGUUUGUUGCCUGCAGUGAAUGUCCUUCGGAUCUUCUAGUCCGCCGUUCUGUGUGCACAUGACUGCAGCAUGUCUACCUCGUGUGGACGCGCAGCGCUCGUUCUUCAUAUCUAAGGGUAUGAGGCGCAAGUCGCACACUCGCUCAGCUGCAGCGACCGACCAUCGCUGAGCAGUGUCCUGUACGACGUCGCUUCUAGCAAGCAUGGUAUAUACCCUACGAGACUUCGAGCAGGAGAUGAGCCGCAGGUCGACCGUUGGGCUGGUAGAUGUCCUCCGAACGAAGUUGAUAUUAGGGAAGUCGACCAUUCGCUCACAGUUGGACGCGAUGGUGCGAAAGGAGAUAUUGUCCACCAUCAUGUUGUUGGUAGAGGGCCCGAACACACGGGUCCUCGUUAACCACAAGCUUCCUACAGAGAUCCUCACAUUGAUCUUCGAUUAUGUCCGUCUCCAGCCUCGCAAACGGGAUACACCUGGGACGAGCAUUUGGGACCCUGUAGUCGUGCGGGUAGACUGGCUCGUUCGAGCGUCGCACGUCUGUCGCCAUUGGCGCGCUAUCAUCGUCGAUACACCUGCGCUCUGGGACAGGAUCGAUGAUCCGCAAAGACGUCUAGAUCACGUACGCGUCCCGGCCGAGAGGGCUCGAAUAUUGCCGCUCGCGCUCUCGAUGAAAAGCGAACCUACCCGCCCUAUGAACGCGCUCCUCCAAAGCAACAAGCCAAUCCGGGAGCUACGAUACUACGGGAUCACCAUCAAGCUUUCCCAAAAAUACUUGCAGCAGCCCGCAUAUCUCCUUGAGAGCCUCAGUCUCACUGGGACACCAGGCAGGACGACGACCGGGCACGCCCGCAGGCCAAGCGGGGGUUACCCCGUACAAGUAUUCCGAGGGCACACUCCGAGCUUGCGCCGCCUCUCUCUCGACUCUCUCAAUUGGAUCCCCACCCUCCAAACGUCGACACUCACGCACCUCUACCUGGCAGAUUGCUACGGGCGGAAACUGCUACAGAGGGUAUUGGCUUUGUUGUCUGCGAGCCCAAGCCUGACAGAUCUAGUGCUGGUGGACCGCGGCGAUGUCCUACACCACGAGGACCCGCAGGGCAAUGCGCUAGUUCACCUCCGCCAUUUGCGAAGACUAGUGCUGAAGCACAUGUCGAGCGCGGGUGUCAAACGCUUCAUCUCACACAUACGUCUGGACCCGGAGACGUGCGUGCGAUUGAUCAAUGUUCUACCUCUCGACGGCGACCUCUUGAACCAGCUGUCCAGGCUGCCGUUGAACGCCGGCGCAACCAAGCUCAUGAUCAAGGGAUCAGGAACUCGGCGCACCGUAGUUUAUGAAGGUCAAUCUAGCGGUAUACUCAUCGACCACUUUACCUCGCUGGGAGAGGACUGGGGCACUGCGCUGCCACGGAUGCUCGCAAUGGACCAGCUCCGCGAGCUCCAUGUAGUCUUGCGGGAUAGCCCCGCGCUAUUCGCCAGCACCCCGACGACGCUGUUCGACUUCCUACACAGGGCACCGGCUCUUGAACACCUCUACGUGGACACGCAAGGGCUUAUGAGCUUGCUCGACGCACUCGAGUGCUGCAGAUCCAAACCGCCAAAGCUGGCGUGCCCGAACGUCGUGCUGCACGUCCAGAUGCCCUGCCGCGGGCCCGGGUCGGACAGCACGUCUCUGAUACAGUCUUUCGCGGCUAGACAGACGAAUCUGGGCAUUCGCCAUCUAGUCGCGGAAUACUGCCCCGGAUGUGGGGCCGGGGCGCGGCGUCGACCGUGGUUUUCGAGGGAGAUCCAGGUCAAUUUCGAGUCGGUAACCUCGAUGUCCAAUCCCCGCCUAGGGCGUGACUGGCGGAUGUUGCGCGUGGACUGGCCAGCGUGUUGAAGUCGAUAUGACGUGAGUGGUCACUACACGAAGACGACAGGCCG